AUGUCGGGUGCACAGCCUUUCUUGCCCUUCUCCAUUCUCACCCUUCGCAGUAUCCCCGAAAAGCCAGACCUCAAUCCACAACUGGGCCAGAAGAUAAUACAGCUGGCAUAUGUUGCCAAGAGGACGGUUCGCAGCAAGUUUCAGAAAAGGUGGGUCAAUCAGUGCACGGCUAGCCAUACAGCUGUGGGGACCGGGGACAGACCAUAUUUGAUUGAAUCUCGCGCUACUGGAGUGCUUCCGCUUCCUGCGGCUACGGAGGCAGAUGUCAAAUCGGACCCGGAUUUUAACCUAGGCCAGAAACACCUAGACCCAUGGGCUAUUGAGGCAGACAGCAACUGGUGGGCCACCUGCGACACUCGUUUGAUUCUACACCUAGUUUCUCCGUGUUCAGCUGAGGCAUUGACGGUUUGUAGAUACACGGCAUGGCAUUACUUAAAUGUGUCGGAUACUUUGCGUGAUAUCAUGGGGUACGGCGUUCUGGGCCAUACUCUUGCAUCAGUGCAUUUAGACAGCGAAGCACCUGAACAGCUAGCAUCUUGUAUACCGAGCUCGAUCAGCCACGGGCUUCAGUAUUUCCUUCUUGGUAGCUGCACAAACGAUGCCGGCGGCCAGAUUUCAAACGUCAUGCGAAGUGCGACGCGACGCAAGGUCGACUAUGGGGAGGAGUGCCUCGGUCUUCAGAAUGUGUUGCUUGCCAUCAUGACAGCUCGCUGGUGGGCUUAUAAGGAGGCUGGAGCCCACAAUUCAGCCCGUCUCUUCGAGCCGGUUCGGAAGGCAGGGGUGGUGAGUCCCAUCGUUUUGCUUUGA